GAUGAGAAUUGCUGUAGAAGGUUGUGCGCACGGCGAGUUAGAUAUUAUUUACGGGACUAUCCAAGAAAUGGAAAAGGUUAAUGGGGAAAAAAUAGAUUUACUUAUUUGUUGUGGAGAUUUCCAAGCAACAAGAAAUUUGAGUGAUUUAAAAUGUAUGGCAAUAUCUAAUAAAUAUAAAGACAUGGGUACCUUUUAUAAAUAUUAUUCUGGCGAGAAAGUUGCUCCUGUGUUAACAAUAUUUAUUGGGGGAAAUCAUGAAGCUUCCAAUUAUCUUCAAGAACUAUCAUAUGGUGGUUGGGUAGCUCCUAAUAUUUAUUAUUUAGGAUAUGCCAGUGUAAUAACAAUAGGUGGUAUUAGAAUUGCAGGAUUAUCAGGUAUAUAUAAAAGUCAACACUGGAUGCAAGGACAUCAUGAAAAACCACCAUAUACUGAAAGCACACUCAGAAGUGUAUAUCAUAUCAGAAAUUUAGAAAUAUUUAGAUUAAAACAGCUUACUGGUAAUAUUGAUAUUUUCUUGACACAUGAUUGGCCAUUAGGCAUAACUAGAUAUGGAGAUGAAAAUGUUUUAUUAAAAGAAAAACCUUUUUUCAAAAAUGAUAUUAAGAAUAAUAUGCUUGGUAGUCCACCAAGUAUGCAACUUUUGGAACUUCAUUAUCCGAGCUAUUGGUUUUCUGCUCAUUUACACUGUAAAUUUGCAGCUCUUGUUCCUGAAAAAGGAGGAACAAGAGUAACUAAGUUUCUGGCUCUAGAUAAAUGUCUCCCAAAAAGAAAAUUUCUUCAAAUACUUGAAAUUAAACAUAAUUCAGAUUUACCACUGAAAUUACAUUAUGACUUAGAGUGGUUAACAAUAUUAUAUUUAACAAAUCAUUUAUUAAGUGUCAAAAGUGGAAUUCAGUACAUGCCUGGACAAUAUGAUAAUACUAGAUGGGUAUUUACACCAACCACAGAAGAGAAAGAGAUAGUUUUAAAAAAAUUUAACUGUAAUUUGGAAAUUCCAUUGAAUUUUACACAAACUGUAAAAUCAUAUAAUCCUGAUUGUACAGAUGUGUCAGUGGUAUCACCACAAUUGAUGGUAAUAAUCAUUUCAUACAGACUGAACCAGAUUGUAAGAAAUUUAAACGUCGAAAUCAUUCUAUAUAUUCGAAUACAGUUUUAUAAAAUGGAUAAGUUAACAAUUAUUUCGGGAACAUUAUUUUUUGCUGCCGAUAUAUUUGCAAUUGUCAGUCUGGCUAUGCCUGAUUGGAUUAUUACUGAUGUUGGUGGAGACACAAGACUAGGACUAAUGUGGUCAUGUAUGACUUUAUAUAAUAGACCUCCAGUUUGUUACAGUUCAAAUUUGGAACCAGAAUGGUUUAUGGCUCUUAUUUGUAUUUUUGUUGGUUGCAUUUUGAUAACAGCCACUAUAAUAUUAUUAGCUACUUCUCAUUGGGAUCGUAAUGUUAUUUCCUAUGCAAGAUGGGUAGGAUUUACAGCUAUGGUGCUGUUUUGCUUAGCAGCUGUUAUAUUUCCAAUGGGUUUUCACAUUGAUGAAAUUGGUGGACAACCAUAUCAGUUACCAAAUUCACAUCAAGUUGGCAUUUCUUAUAUACUUUUUGUUUUAGCUUUAUGGAUUACAGUAAUUUCAGAAUUAUUUGCUGGUAAAGUUUGUCUCCCACAUUUUUAGCAUAUAUCAUCUCCUCAAUAUAUUUUUUAUAUCUGUAUGAUAUUGUUCGUGGUUAUUGCAUAUUUUGUAGGAUUUAAAGCUACAUGAUAUUUUAUGAGAUGCAACAAAACUGUUAAAUAUUAAGGGUCUUAUUUAUAAUUAGAAUAAAGAUAGAAUAUAAAUAAUUAGAAUAAAUAUUUGUUAUUAUAUAACUAGAAUGAAAAGAUCUGUUAUUACAUACAACCGAAUAUUAUAUAACUGAGAACUAUUAGAAAUAAGUAAUUAAUAGUAAGUUUAUUAAUUAAUAAGUAUUAAACAAUCUUUUGUACUCUUUAUUUAUUAAAAUAUAUUAUAUGGUUGUAAUUUUUUCAUGAAUUUUAAAUGUCACAAUGCUAUGAUAAAAAAAAGUAAUUAUAAUAUAUAAGUGUCAAUAUUUGAUAUAUAUAAAUCAAGUGUCAUAUAAAUGUCACAAUGCUAUGAUAAAAAAAAGUAAUUAUAAUAUGUGAAAUCAAGUGUCAAUAUUUGAAAUAAAAAAUAUCUUUUAGUAAAUGAUAA